CAACCAGCCCAAAAGCCUGAAAAGUUUGGGUUAAAUCGGAUGUCGAGAUUGGUUUUUACUCAUGGACCCAUUGUCCAAUUGACAUCCCCGAUCAACGUAGUGGCAAAGCUUCUGAUGCCCUUUCUCCUUCCACCUUGACCCUUUCACUUCACAAACCCUGUUUUCUUACCCCAUCCAUCACCACUCUAGACACGCACGAAGAAAAACCAUUGUUCCCAGAGCCAGUUUUGAGCACCAUCUAAUCCCCGUGCUUCCACAGAUUCUGAUCGGAAUUAUGGAUGACAGAAUUAGCACUUUGACAGAUGAUCUCCUCUGUCGCAUCCUCUCGUUUCUUCCAACGGAACAAGCAGUUGCCACAAGCAUUCUUUCAAAGAGGUGGAAGCCUAUCUGGAUCUCAGUCCCCGUUCUCGACUUCGACAAUCAAACCCAUCUGAGAAAAGGUAAACCCUCAUAUUCCUUUGAAAGGUUAAUAUACGCAACCAUUCAAGCUAGAGAUCCGCAACAAUCCAUUAAAACUUUUCGUCUCAAAUAUGAGCUUCUUGACCUUGAACUUUCGGAGGAACGAGCGAAUGCUGAUAUCAAUGUUUGGAUAAAAACUGCUAUAAACCAUGGGGUUGAGAACCUUGAAAUCUACCUUGAUUGCAACUCUGUGCCUUUCGAUUAUAUCGUUAGGUUAACCUGCUGCGGCAUUUUCAGCUGCAAAACCCUUGUUGUUCUCAAGUUGAAAGAGGUAUCUCUAGCUGCUUCUGGUUCUGUUGAGCUUCCCUCACUCAAAUGCCUAUGGUUGCUACGUGUUGAAUUUGAAGAGCCUCAAUAUCUUAUGGAGCUUCUUUAUGGAUGUCCAGAGCUUGAAGAUUUGAAAACAAUUUUUCUAGAUUAUGCUCAUGGUGGAUCUUUUUGUAAGGAACGGUUUAAGAUCUUACCCAAAUUGGUCAGGGCGGAUAUACGUUCUUCUGGUAUGGAAAUUAUGGAUGGUAACAGUACUAGUAUUCUUAUGAAAGCAAUAUCUAAUGUGGAGUUUAUGAACAUCACAGAGUUUCGAGUUAAUGAUUCGGUUCCAGAAUUUCCUCAUUUAAGGCAUUUGACCCUCUCGCUGAUUUCUACUGUUAAAAGCUCAAAUUUGAUGCUUUUGAUGCUCAAGAAUUGCCCCAAGGUUCAAAGUUUUGAACUUUUUGGAUCUUUUAAAGAUGACGAUGUUCUACAUUACCCUCAUUUUGUUCCUGAAUGCCUUACUUCAUGCUUAACUAAGUGCUAUCUCAAACGUUUCGAAGGCACAGAAAAUGACCUACAAUUUGCAAAGUAUAUUAUGCAGAACUCGACAUAUUUACAGUCCAUGAAGAUUCUUAGUCUUUCACCUGAUCCACUUGAAGUGUUGAAGGAGUUAGCUAUGUACCCGAGGAAAUCCGCAUCAUGUGAACUUUCAUUUGAUCGAUAGGCUUCAUUUCUGUCCCAAAGUGGCACGCCAGUAUUCGAUGAUCCUGCCCUUCGCGCGGCACUUGGUCUUUUCACGGGUGAAUCUGGAUCCACAAAAUUAGCCUCUGCCCUGGGGGCACAUGCUGCAUUUUCGGGUCUUGACGGGGGCUUUCUCUGUGGUCUACAACUAUUCGCAGCGAUAUUUGUUUCGUAAAUUUUAGUAAUAUUUUGUUUCUUGGGGAUGCGGACAUUGGAAAUCUCUGGCUGCGAAGAAGGUGGCGGGUCUGAAACAAGAAUUAUAGUGGAUUUCCGCAAUUUCUUUCUCUGUUCAAGGUUUGGUUUGAUCUGUGUAUUUCCUAUGUCAGAGAGAGGUUUUCUUGGAGCUUGGUCACUGUUUGUCUCAGCAGGCCUAUCAGACAGUGCUCCCUGAAGUAACUCUGCACCUUGAGUAGCAAGAAGUCGGUCUUUAUCUGCUUCUUCAAUGCCUGGAUUAUUUCCUGUCCUCUGAACCAAUCCCGAUUGCAUUGACUCUUGUGACUCAUUUGACAAUGAUGCUCGGUUAGCACACUUGGUUGCUAGGCAGCCACAAGAACUCCCACAACUGUUGCCCCUGGAUUUGCACUUGCAUUUUGUUGUCUUGCACGAUGAGAUUUUACUACAAGAGCAGCAGAUAUCUGAUGCAGUUUCUCCAUAUGCAGAUGCAAAUCCAUCUCCUAAAUUGUCUUUGAGAUCCUUGGGGUUGUUGGUUUUUGACUGAUUAUGUUCCAUGCUUGGCCGUCUGGUUAAAGAUUUCCUUUUCCUUACUAAUUUCCCUGAUUCUUUCCACUCAUCAUCCGUUGCCUCCAAAUCAUAAUCAUCCGAUUCUGUCUCAGAUAUGUCCAUGUCCUCCAGUAGAAGGGUAGACGGACGGUGUUCCUAAAGGUAAAAUAAGUUUUAGAAAUUAAAUGAGAACCAAAUAAUCAUUAACUGCAGUGCUAAAUGCGCUAUUAACUAGUAUGAAAUAGAAUCCUUGGCAUAGACGCGUAGUUGUAAGAGAGGGAUUAUGAUCCUCUUAUGUGACGUGAGAGCGUCAUGUAAAAUUCAAGUACAUCUCUCAUGAAAACGGUGCUAAACACCCCAUAUAAAUAUAAAUAGUCAUAAUGAAACGCUCAUAGGGUUUGUGGCAUGGGUAGCAAACUUUUUUGUGCCCUUCCUUCUUGACGCUCUCUGUUCGCAUACCCUGUUUUUUUCCCCAUCCGUCACCACUUAAAACAACGUAUUAUCGGCUUAUCGCCUUGCUACUUCUACUGAACGUGAUCGGAAGUUCAGUUCGGCAAACAUGGAUGACAUAAUUAGCAGUUUGCCAGAUGAUCUUCUCUGCCACAUUCUCUCGUUUCUUCCAACUUAACAAGCAGUUGUCACAAGCAUUCCUUAACACUGUGUUUGGUAGGAGUGAGUUAGGGUAGAGAGAGAUGGGAAGGAGAGAGUUUGAGUAGAGAUUAUUAAAGUAACCUUGUUUGGUUUGACAAGAUAGGGGGAGAGAGGGGGCAAAAUGGUGGGUCAUACCCACUUUUUCAUCUCUUCGCAAUUUGCGAAGAGAUUGGGGCUGGGUUGCUUUUUUUUUUUUUUUGUGUUUGGCAAUUAGCCACUAUUUGCAUCUGAGCCACUUUUUUAUUUAAAAUUCUUAUUUUAAUCAAAAGUCAACUUUUUCUCUCUCUUCCACAUCAUUAUUUCUUAUCUCCCUCUUCUUUAUCUCUACCCUACCAAACAACCAAAUAAAUCUACUCUAUUUCUCACCUAUUUCUCUCUACUCAACUUCUCUAUUCUCUACUCUCUCUUCUCUAUCUCUCUCUAUCCUGCCAAACAAAGCUUAAAAGAUGUGGAAGCCUCUCUAGAUCUCAGUCCCCAUUCUCGACUUCAAUAAUUGGAACUAUCCGAGAUACGACGUUGAAGGGUUCAAACACGCAACCAUUCUAGCCAGAGAUCCGCAACAACCCAUUACAAGUUUCCGACUCAAAAUGCACUAUUUUACUAUGGACAUGAGAGUGCCGAUGUCAAUGAUUGGCUAAAUAUUGUUAUACAACGCAGGGUUGAGAACCUUGAAUUGUUGUUUGAUUUCAUAGAAGUAUCUGAUGUAGAAGCUCAUGUCAUUAAUUUGAGCUACAGAAUUUCCAGCUGCAAAACCCUUGUUGUUCUCAACUUACAAGCGGUUUCUCUACGUGCUUGUACUGCUGUUAAGUUUCCCUCACUCAAGUCCCUAAGUUUGAGAAAGGUCAAGUUUGAAGAACCUCAAUAUUUUAUGGAGCUUCUUUAUGGAUGUCAGGAUGUCCAAUGCUUGAAUAUUUGAGAACAUUUUUUCUAGAUUAUGCUCAUGGUGGCUCUUUUUGCAAGGAACGGUUUAAAAUCUUACACAAAUUGGUCAGGGUGGAUAUACGUUCUUCUGGUAUGGAAAUUAUGGAUGGUAACAGUACUAGUAUUCUUAUGAAAGCAAUAUCGAAUGUGGAGUUUAUGAACAUCACAGAGGUUCGAAUAUAUUCGAUGGAAAUGUGUUUAGUUUGUUGAUUGGUUUUGUUUUUAGAUUACUGUCACCUAUAUUUCUCAAAAUUUGUCUCUAUCACUAUUGCAGUUUCGCGUUAAUGAUUCAGUUCCAGAAUUUCCUCAUUUAAGGCAUUUGACCCUCUCGCUGAUUUCUACAGUUAAAAGCUCAAAUUUGAUGCUUUUGAUGCUCAAUAAAUUGCCCCAAGCUUCAAAGUUUUGAACUUUUGGGAUCUUUUAAAGAUGAGGAUGUUCUACAUUACCCUCAUUUUGUUCCUGAAUGCCUUACUUCAUGCUUAACUAAGUGCUAUCUCAAACGUUUCGAAGGCAUAGAAAAUGACCUACAAUUUGCAAAGUAUGUUAUGCAGAACUCGACAUAUUUACAGUCCAUGAAGAUUCUUAGUCUUUCACCUGAUCCACUUGAAGUAUUGAAGGAGUUAGCUUUGUACCUGAGGAAAUCCGCAUCAUGUGAACUUUCAUUUGAUAGAUGGGCUUGUAAGUAACUACAAACUUUCAUGUGUCGUUUGUUAAAAAAUGCCAAAUACUGGAUUUGAAGGGCUUGGACUUUGUAAUUUAGUGUCUCUGUGUACCCAUUAUCUGGUUAUUGUAUGAUGCUUGGCCACCAGAUGUGAGGCUUUAAAUGGAUUGGAAAUUACUAUUUCAUAUGCUGAUGAUGUACUGUUUUCCCUAUUGAAAAAAGAUGUUUUUUCUUCUUUCU